AACAGUCCACUGAAAGCUUAAAAGCAACGAAGAAUUUUUUUUAAUAAAGAAUAAAAUGUUUGAAAACGCAAAUAAGGGGAAUUCUUUACAAAGUAGUUGUGUAGAUGUGUUUGUUUGGAUGCGCCAACGCCAACAGAACGACAAUAACAAUGGGAAAAUAUCGAUGGCCAGAGUUGGCCAUCGGUAGCUAGCCAGCGUGCGCCCGUACGUAGCGCUUUGUUUUUCACGAAUGUCAACAAAGCAACACAUCCACGGAUAGGCCCAAAACUGAGGAGUGGGGAUGAGUCGACGCGCUAGUGCUAUCCAAGUCAUUGUUAUACCGACCGGUCUGUAGACACGUGCUCGUACGGGAAAUGGAUCAAUUCAAAGAAUCAACCACUUUCGUCAUCGUUCGGUUUGAUGAAGUAAAUGCGGACAAUAUUCCCCUAUUCGAGUUAAUACCUCGAUCUUGGAUUUUCGUUUCGAAAGGAGAGUUAUUAACCUGGUACCCGUGCAAAGUGUCAGCAAAAACUGUUCAAAAAUUCGUAGCAGCGAACCGUGACCCGGACACUGAAAAAUGGGAAAAAUAUCCCGUUAUGGAAGUAAAGGGUCAAGCACGAGACCACGCGCAAGGGAUUCGUCGAUUGAAUCGAGUGUUAAAGACUUUCGAUCCGACUCCGAGCACUGAUAACGACGAAAACGACAACACUCUCACCAAUGUGAAUAUAUUAAGCCAGACGGAUGUUUCAGAAAUGCUUAACACGAGCUCAGCUCUUCCAAAUCUUACGGGUGAUUUGGAUUUUACAGUUUUUGAGGACAAUGUGGUUCCUGAAAAGCCACUGCCAACAAAAACCAACCAAAAAAACAUGGACAUUCGUAUUCUUGCACGUGAAAACCCAUCGACUAACGAUUUACUCAAGAACAUAGAUGGCCUUGAAAAACGCUUGACUCAAAAAAUAAACUCCGCUAAAAACAGCAUUUUAUACGAUAUCGAAAAAAAAAUAACUGAUCUGAAAAAUACGUUGAUGUUUGCAAAUCUUGGGAGAGAGGGGGUGAACGAGGUCACAGAAGCACGUGAAACUAUCAAUACUCCUCUGCCAAUAACGACGUUGGAAAAUUUUCUGCAAUUUGAAGAAGACUUGAAAUCCGCAGAAAAGCGUAUUGCUAUGAAAAAACUAUUGCUGUCAUUGAUGACCGGGUCCGGCUCAAUAAAAGACGCGAUUCCUCAAGUAAUGCCUGCCAUAAUCGCGAAAGCCGUUCAAAUUCAUUAUAGCGGGUGUGGACGGAAGAUGAAAAAUGCUGUGGCUAAACGAAAUUUCAGCGCAACUACGACGUUCAAGUGUUUGCAAGAGACUUUACAGGAGAAAUUUGUCAAUAAAUCGGAACCCUUGUCGGUUAUUCCAUCACGCGUUAGCAGAUGGUUAUCCGGCGCCGGAGAUCGUGAAGGUGGUCGAGCGCAACGAUACGCCAACGAGAACGCAGAGAAAUAAAUAUUUUUUCGACACUCUUUUUAUAAUUUUUUAUUAUUAAGCCUCGAGUUGUGAUUAUUUGUCACGAAUUCUUAAGUCAUUACUGACACACGUUUUGUUCUAUCGUUAUUUGACCCUUUUUCGUUCGUCUUCAAAAUGUUCCUCAAUGUAAAAUAAAUAAAUAUUGUAGUUUUUCCACGCAA